AUUAGGUAGCUUCGACUAACCCGAAUAUUUUCUUCAAAGCUUAUUUACGACGUUUCUCAUUGUCUAUGCGAUAGAUACGCAUCCCGAGCGAUACAUACGGUGUAAAGCUUUUAGUGACAAAUGUAUAGUAAAAAUGAAGGAAAACGCGGUACUUAAGUGGCAAAAAGUCUACAACCCCACCGGCCCGCAACCACGACCUCGUCAUGGCCAUCGCGCGGUCGCCAUAAAAGAUUUGAUGAUAGUUUUCGGCGGCGGAAACGAAGGGAUUGUUCAUGAGCUGCACGUCUUCAAUACCACAACGAACCAAUGGUUCGUUCCUGUCACGAAAGGAGAAGUUCCCCCAGGAUGCGCUGCCUAUGGAUUCGUGGUGGAUGGCACGAGGCUUCUGGUGUUUGGCGGCAUGGUGGAGUACGGCAAGUAUUCUAAUGAUUUGUACGAACUUCAGGCUUCACGAUGGGAGUGGAAGCGCCUAAAGCCUCUACCACCUAAACAAGGCAUCCCGCCUUGUCCUCGUCUUGGACACAGUUUCACACUCCUCAAUGGGAAGGUAUACCUUUUCGGCGGGCUGGCCAACGAAAGUGAUGACCCUAAGAAUAACAUACCAAGGUACCUUAAUGACCUGUAUACCCUUGAACUAUAUCCCAACUCUUCAAUGACUGUGUGGGACAUUCCUCUGACGUAUGGUCAGUCGCCACCUCCCCGUGAGUCUCACAGCGGUGUAGCAUACACAGACAGAAACACUGGAAAAUCAUCACUAAUAAUUUAUGGAGGUAUGAGUGGUUCGCGACUUGGUGACUUAUGGGUGCUGGAUGUAGAUAGCAUGUCUUGGUCCCGACCUGAGGUGGGAGGGCCGGCACCACUGCCUCGAUCACUUCACACUGCCACAGUUAUUGGUCAUCACAUGUAUGUAUAUGGAGGCUGGGUACCACUCGUACCAGAUGAAUCUAAACUUGCCACACAUGAAAAAGAAUGGAAAUGUACUAAUACACUCGCUUCACUAAAUUUAGAAAAUUUGACUUGGGAUAACAUAGCUCUGGAUAACUUUGAGGAGUGCGUACCCCGUGCCAGGGCUGGGCACAGCGCAGUCGCUAUACAAACAAGGCUUUACAUUUGGUCUGGAAGAGAUGGCUAUAGGAAAACCUGGAACAAUCAAAUCUGUUGUAAAGAUCUCUGGUAUCUGGAAGUGGGUGUGCCACCACAAGCAGGCCGGGUAGCACUGGUACGUGCUGGUACCACAUCAUUAGAACUGUGUUGGCCGGCUAUGAACACUAUCACUACAUAUGUCCUACAAGUACAGAAAUGUGGCAAAGUGACACCUGCUCGCUUCCCUACUACUGCUGAGCCUGUGGCGGCGCCGCCGCCCGCCUCGCCGAUUGCAACACAACCCGAUGCUGCCAAGGCCUUCGGACUAACAUCACCUAUAGCUAGCAGUCUGCCAGUAACCCCGACUGACCUGCCUGUCCGUCCAGUCGCCGCGGCGGCCUCGCCAAUUAUUACUCCAAUAGUAUCAACACCACAAAAAAUUAUUCCGGCUUCCAUCAAAGUACCAGCACAGUCACCUUCCGUCAAAAUUUCUCCAAAUACACCAACAUUAAAACAAGCUACUUAUCAAGGCAAAACCAUCGUGAAAUCGCCCGCGGCUGGAUCCUCGCAACAAAUCAAAGUUGCCGCUGUGACACCGCAAGGUGUAACAAGGAUAGUGAGUGGUGUAGGAACACCUGGUACUGUACGAGUAUCCACUGCCCAAUCAAAUGCACAGAUCGUGCUUAGCUCUGGAGCAGCUGGUGCAGGAACACCACGGUUUGUACAAGUUAAGACCGGCGCCAGUGGAGCUUUACCUGUCAAAUUAGGAGCUGGCAAUGUCCCUGUGAAACUCACAAGCGGUGGUGUACCUCUCAAAAUCGGCGCCGCCAACAUUCAAGGCAAAAUAACCACAAAUAGCGUGCAAAAAGUCGGGACACCCUUGAAACUCGGCGCUGGGAAUGUUAAAAUUGGAACAAGCAAUGUGUUGGUGAAGGCAGCGGGCGGAGUACCGAUACAGGCGGGAGUAGCUAAUCUUCAGACUAAAGUCGCCGCUGGUGUUCCUGUUAAAUUAGGAGCGGGCAAUCUGCCCGUCAUAGCUAGUGGAGGAGGUGCUAUACAGAUUGCAGGCGGCACGCUUGGAGGUCAGCAAGUUAAGACUCCCGUCUACAAAAUCGUUUCUGCCAAGUCAGGCGAACAGACAGCUACGGUCGCCACAACGUCGGUAGCGGCCGGCGGCGCAACAGUGCUGCGGCAGGCCGGCAGUAACGCUGGUAUACCUGUCAUCAUAAAGAAGAGUCCCGGUGCGAACGCCCAAACGAGCAACGCGCCACAAUACGUAACUUUAGUAAAGACAUCAACAGGCAUGACCGUGGCGACGAUGCCGAAGGUAGCAAUGAUGCAGAACCGGCCAGCUGUGCCGGCGACCGUGGCGCAAGGCCAGAACAUCGCUCCCGGAGCGACCAUUGUGAAGUUGGUGACAGCAAACACUGUCAGCGGGAAUAAAAUUAUUACGUUGCCCUCUAAUGUUCUACAGCUAGGCAAGUCUGGCGUCGGAGGCAAGCAGACGAUCGUAUUCACGAAGUCUCCGAGCCAGGCGGCGCAGUCGAAUCAACAGCAAUGAGCCAGCGUCGCGGGCCUGUGGAAUGAGCUUUCAGUGUCCUUAAUACGAGACCAGAGUGCAAAGUAUGCACUAUCGGUGUGUAUAGUGUAUCCGACACCAUUGUGCAUGGAGUCGUUGGUUGCAGUGGUCACUUGUAAAUUGUAUGUGAACAAUGUGUGGAACGAACAGUAGUAUAUUUUGAAUCAUAAUUAUUAUAUUAUAUCAGUUUUUGUAUGUUAUAUGGGUCUGUAGAAAGUGUCUUGAUAGAGUUUUUACUAAAAUAUUUUAUUUACUCUCUUAAAAUUUAAUAUUAUUAUUAAUGUCUAAUUUACACACUGAAUUCAAUGUAACUAUCCGUAAACUGUCAGUAUGUUCAUCUGAUGAAAUGUACCCUACUUUCCAUGUGUUAUUUUACAG